CCGCAAUAUUGGCAUUGGGGCCCCUGUAAAAUUUUCAAAGGAUCUUAUCAAUCAGUGAAAAAAAUAAUAAUAAACAAAUCCUUUUAAUUUUAUAAUAAUUUCCCUUUACAGAAAUUAAAAAUUUACUUUGGAAUUCAAUUCAAUAAUAAUAAUAUGAAUGAAAACGAUAUUUUAAGAGCCCUAGAAAAUUUAUUUAAAGAAUUCCACGAUCCCUACUCGUCCAAUGCCAGAAAACAGGAAAUUGAAGUACAACUGACCCAUAUCAAGGCUGAGCCCAACUUUGGUAGUUUUUGCGUUUAUUUUAUCGAACAAGGCCCCAUUGCAAGCGAUUUUGUGAUACAUUUUAUCCUACAAACAUUAGAGACAUUAAUAAACCUACAAUGGUCCAAUACAGACGGACAUUUAAAGCAAAACAUAAAAUCCAUAUUGGAAAUGAACCUAAAGUCUCAUUUGUCGCCCCAUUUGCGCAACAAAUAUGCCAAGCUUCUAGUGGAAAUUGCGAAAAUCGAUUGGCCGGAUCAAUAUCCCAACUUCUUUGACAUUGUUUUGCAAAUGUUAAAGUCUUCUAAUCAACUAACAGGCUUGAUCCUAUUGAAAACGCUUUGCGAAGAAUUCAUGGGCCGCAAUGCCACUUAUGAAAGUUUGAACCGUAAAGAGAAAAUCAAGGAGUUGCUUUAUAAUUACAUUCCAAUAGUUUUUGAUUCGUUACAUGCCAUUUUGCGUAAUGUGGAAUUUACUCAGAAAGCUUUGAGCAAAGAAGCCCUAAACACCAUCCAAAUAAUAUUCGUUUGGUUGCCUAUUAAAAAUAUACCUGGGGAAUUAAUCGGAACAAUAUGUAAUUUAAUGUAUUCACAGCACGAAGAAUUACGUUUAGAAGUCAUCAACACAAUAAAUGUAAUAUUUUACAGGAAAUGUUGCCUUAAAGGAACCGAGACUUGUUUCAAUCACAUUUACAAUCAUGUUGUUGAAUGGCUUAGGAAUCUAGUUAGCAAAAUUGAUAAUUCAAACGAAUUUUUUGUUGAAAAACUCUGUGAACUAUUACGAUUAUUAAUCGAACAACAUUUUUGGCGUUUCGAAUUGGACCCUGCCUUUAGCUCCUUGGAUUUUCUAUCAAAGUUUUUCACUUACACAAUGUAUUUGUCAAGUGUCGAAUGUUUUCAACAUUGUUUAGGCGUUUGGGCAGUUUUUUUCAAGCAAAUCAAGCCAAAUAAUACAGAAAAAUAUUUGGAUUUGUUUUCAAGUCUAGGAAGUUCAUUAAUAAACAAAAUACAGUUUAGUUAUAAUUAUCAACAGCUAAUGGGAAUUGAUAUGGUUAAUGUGGAUCAAGAUAACAAAUCAGAAUGGCAAUACUUUUUAGGCUUUACAGUGGAAAUUAUUUCAAAAGUUGCCCAAUUUGCCCCUUUACAAACAAUAAAUCUAAUUUUAGGCUCAUGGAAUUUAUACAACAUGGAAUACAACAAAUGCGAAAUUUACAACAACUCCGAGACUGAACAUUUAGUUUAUAUUCUUAGAGAUUUUGCCACGUUGACGUUUACUUUGGCCAGUUUGGCGCACCAUUUUUAUCUUAGUGAAAAUGAAGUAUUACAUAAAACUGCCACCCCAAUAAUCUACAGCCUUAUCGAGGACACAGUGAAAAGUGCCUCAAACUAUCGCAAAAUCAAAUUGCAAAUACUUAGAAUUAAUAAUCAUCAAUUGACUCUUAGUUUUAUAGAUGUUGAAAGUGAACUUUUGUCUUCGCUUAAAACUUGGCUGUGCUGGAUGGAGACUAGAAAUCAGCAGUGCUAUAAUGGGGACAUAUUUUUAAGUCUCGUGUUGCCUUUUUUAAAAGAAGGGGAUCAAAUGUCUGUCAAAAUAACGUCAGCGGCGGCUCAGUUGUUUUUGGAAUUGGCCAAACGACCAAAUAAUUCUUGCUCUUUGCAGAAUAAUGUAGUUGUAGAAUUUGUCCAGCAGGUCCCCGAAAUAAAAUACUAUACAUCGGACAUAACGAAUACAGUCAACAGUGCCAUUUGCGAAAUUCUUCUCAAAAAUCUCAAAUCUGUAAACGAGGAAACUUUGCAGCGCCAUAAGUUGUUGAUAAAACUGUUUUUCGACGAGUUAACAAGAGAUUUCCGAAAUUUAAAUCAUUCUAGUCCAGAAGACACAGUCAGAGCUGUUGUUACCAAUACUUUGCCUGCUUUAUCCCUCAUAAUCAAGUAUUGUAGAAGUUUUAAUGUGGGAGCUAAAAAGGAACUAAUUAAUGCCAUAAAGCCUACCUUAGAUCAAGCCUUAGUAUUAUUUCCAAUUUAUGUAAAAUACAUUGACGUCUAUGUAAUAUUUUCCAAAUUCUUUAUGUCUGUACUUAAAAACGUACAAUCUCAAAUAGGAUUGAAUUAUACCAAACAAGCUAUGCAGGUGUUUUUUCAAGUUGCUGUCAGCGAACAACAAUCUCAAAGCCUUUUAGGUAUUCAACAAUUACUAAACAUCUUUUGUGCCGUAAUCAAAGAGUUAACAGACAAAACCCUUUUGCCUGACAUAUUAAAAGUUUGCAUAGAAGUUAUUUAUCCCUUUAUUUCACCACAAGCCAAUGAAAAUCCAGACAUUUAUUCGAGAUUUUUAAAGCUACUUUACAGGAUUCUUAAUUUCCAUUGGCGUCACUUUUAUAAUUCUCAAGUUUUAAUGGGCCAUUCGGCCGGUUGUACGGAUAAUGAAAUAGUUCCGGAUUCGCCUAAAAGGCCCGAGCUAUUUUUGGCUGUGCUAAAAGUAUUUGGUGAAGCCUUAUUGAUGGACGAUAUCCAUAUUUUCCAACAAAGCCUGAAGGUUUUGCAAGAGUUAAACAGCACCAAAAAGCUCUAUUAUAAGGCCUUAUUUCGAUCUCAUCUCUUGUCUGAUUUAUUGCACGUAUUGCUAAAUACAUUAUUGCAAAAGAGACAUGAAAUAUCAAAUGAUGAUAUCAUAUUUGCCAUUUAUAGCAUGGCAGAAGUUGAUUUUAAGGUUUUCUUCUUUACAUUCCUUCCUCAGUACAUUCAGAAUUUGGACGACAUUAAUGCUUGUAAUUAUCAAGCCUUGAUGGCACAUUUCGAUGUUAAUAACGAUCAGGAUUUACCAAGUUUUAUGCGAGAUUUGCAAAAUUUCGCCGUAGAUUUUCAUCACCUCCGAAAGUGCAAUACUUGACUUAUUUUUUAAGUGAUUUUUGUAUAAUUAUUAUAAGUAAUUGUUUGUAUGUGAUGGCUCAAAUUUCGUGUACCGUUUUUUAUAUUUAAACAAAAUAAUAUAUGUAAUUGUAAAAAAAUUAAUUGUUAAAAAGUUUUUAUUGUGACGUCAUU